UAUGGACGGAACUACUGGAGUACAUAUUUCCCUGACGUGUCCGAAAGUUUUGUCGACUGGCACAGUCUGCUGGGUGCGGGGUACAGCGACACUCAGAACACCGUGGCAUCCGCACUGCGGGGCCUGGGCUACAAGACAGGGAUGGUGGGCAAGUGGCAUCUGACCCCGACCGAGGAGGGCGGGGGUUACGUUGACGCCUACUCGACACAGACGGACGCAGUGAGGAAAUCAGGCUGGGAUUUUGUCGAUGGCCUGUACAUCACAGUCAUUCACAACAUGGAGUGGAUGCUGGACAACGCGCUCCGCUUCAUGGACAGUGCGAUGCACGACGAGGUGCCAUUCUUUCUGUACUUUGCUGCGACUCCGGCGCACCUCCCAACAGUCCAAGACUCGCUGCUAGGUGUUUUCACUCCGUUUGAUACCCCGGCCGGGACCUUGGCGAGAUAUCCGAACGUCUCCGAGUACUGUUCCACCUGCAAGCUCUCGUCACGAAAGGACAUCUGGGACAGCGUCCUCGAGAUCUCGAGCAUCUCCAGGGUGGGCUCUUGCAGGGCCUCGCUGGCGGCCCUGCGCUGGCUCGACGAGUCGCUGGGGGUACUCUACGACUUUCUUUCCGAGCGGGCUGCCAUCGGGAACACAUACAUCGUCAUAUCGACGGAUCACGGGUCGGCCAAGCUCUCGCUGUACGACCUGGGGAUCCGAGUGCCGCUCUACGCGUCUGGCCCGGGCAUCCGUGCUGGCGCCCGCGUGGACGAGGUGGUCUCCCACGUCGACCUGGCGCCGACAUUCUUGACGUGGGCCGGAGGCUCCAUGAAGAUCCCCGCAGACGGGCUCAGUUGGGCGUCAUUGGCCUCCGCUGGGGCGGGCUCUCUGAACCGCGAGGGGGUCCACGCAGAGUCCUACUUCGACAGGGUGCUCGUGACAAGAGACCUCUUGAAGUUCUACACGACCCCGACCACGGCCGUCAUCCGAGACGAGAUCUCUAAAGUGCACAACUUCACCGUCAUCUCGACCUUGUCCUCGGCUGCCACCGAUCUUGCAAGCUACGUGGGCAAUUCUUACCCGGCCCUUUACGAGGAGAUCCA